CGCCGAAGGGGUUAAGGUACCUGGGCCAACGCCUACCCUCACGGCCCCUCCUCCGGCCGCGGGGAAGAGGAAAGCCUCGGCGGGGGCGCGUCCCGGCCUCCGCCCAUGCCCGCCCCCGCCCGCCCCCGUCCCGGUGCCCAUCCCGGUCCAGAUCCCCGCCCGCCGUCCCCGAGCCGCGGUGCCCAGAGCUGCGAUCCGCGCGCCCGGCUCCGCCGCCGCCCUGGACCGGGCCGCCAUGUCUCUGUGGAAGAGAACCAUCUACAAGAGUGUGUGCCUGUCGCUGGCCCUGCUUGUGGCUGUAACAGUAUUCCAGCGCAGUCUGACCCCCAGCCAGUUUCUGCAGGAGCCCCUGCUACCCACCCUCGGGUUACAGAAGGCCCAGAAACCAAGCGGACACCUGGUGAACCCUGACAGCUUCUGGAAGAACCCGAAGCAUGCGGUCACCCUCACACCCAUGGUUUCACGGGGGCCCCAGGCCUGGGAUGUGACCACCACUAACUGCUCAGCCAAUGUAAACUUGACCCACCAGCCCUGGUUCCAGGGCCUGGAGCCACACUUCCAGCAGUUUCUGUUCUAUCGCCACUGCCGAUACUUCCCCAUGCUGCUGAACCAUCCAGAGAAGUGCAGCGGCGACGUCUAUCUCCUGGUGGUUGUCAAGUCCGUCAUCACACAGCACGACCGCCGCGAGGCCAUCCGCCAGACCUGGGGCCGCGAGCAGGAGUCGGCGGGCCGGGGCCGCGGCGCCGUGCACACCCUCUUCCUGCUGGGUACAGCCUCCAAGCAGGAGGAGAGGGCCCACUACCAGCAGCUGCUGGCCUACGAGGACCGCAUCUAUGGGGACAUCCUGCAGUGGGACUUUCUUGACAGCUUCUUCAACCUGACCCUCAAGGAGAUCCACUUCCUCAAGUGGCUUGACAUCUACUGCCCCGACGUACGCUUCAUCUUCAAGGGCGACGAUGACGUCUUCGUCAACCCCACCAACCUGCUGGAAUUUCUGGCUGACCGGCAGCCCCAGGAAGACCUGUUUGUGGGUGACGUCCUUCAGCACGCUCGGCCCAUCCGCAGGAAGGAUAACAAAUACUACAUCCCCGGGGCCCUGUACAGCCAGGCCAGCUACCCGCCGUACGCAGGCGGAGGGGGCUUCCUUAUGGCCGGGGGCCUGGCCCGGCGCCUGCACCACGCUUGCGACACCCUGGAGCUUUACCCCAUCGACGACGUCUUCCUGGGCAUGUGCCUGGAGGUGCUGGGUGUGCGGCCCACGGCCCACGAGGGCUUCAAGACGUUUGGCAUCUCGCGGAACCGCAACAGCCGCAUGAACAAGGAGCCCUGCUUCUUCCGCUCCAUGCUCGUCGUGCACAAGCUGCUGCCCACCGAGCUGCUUGCCAUGUGGGGUCUGGUGCACGGCAACCUCACUUGCUCCCGCAAGCUCCAGGUGCUCUGACACCGGGCGGGCCGCCAGGGUAGGCUAGGGCGUGUGCCCUCGAGCCCCGGAAGGCAUGAGGCUGCAAGUGCGAGGCCAGGGCACAGCCUUUGGUCUCCGCGGGGAGGCGGAGGGGUGGGCCUUACGUGUCCCCAGGUGUGGUGGGGUGCAGGUAGCCAGAGCUGAGGCCCGGGAACGUUUGGAACUGCCCGGACUGGAGACAGUCCUCUGGGGAGCGAGGCCACUGGCCCCUGGCAGCCCUCCUAACCUGGGUCUGUGGCCUGGCUCCCUCUGACCCGGUGGGAGGCCCUGGUGGCCUCUGGAGGAACCCUGUGCUCAGGUACCUGGGCUGGACCUGCCCCUGGAUGGGUCUGCGGCUGCCCUCUCACCUUCACGGAGAAGAUUCUCCUUCUCCUGUGAAAUGCCUCAGUCUCCCCACGGGCCCAGGCAGCCCUUUCAGGAGAAGCUGAGCCCUGUGCAGGCACACAGGCCCUCUCACGCCCCUGGGUCUCCUGGAGACUGAGCCGCAGAAGGCCCUCAGCACACCCCCGCCCCCUGACCUACCUGGGGUCUGGCUGCCCAGUCUACUCCCAGUUGGCUUCACUCCUAGCUGCGUCCUGUGAUGCUCCCUCCGGCUCCCGUCUGUCUGGAAGCAUGACCGGCCACUCUGACUACCUCAGCGAUUCUCAGAACCUCUGGAUGGGCUGCAGCCCCACCUCACCCCCUGACGCAGGGCCAAAGAGCAGUGCUCCGGCCCCAGCAGUCACGGUGCUGCCCACCCAGCCCAAGCCGAGGGCCCUCCUGCAGCCCCGUGAGGCCUGGCUCCCCAGCCGGAAACCAGCCGGUUCGACCCUGGAAGUGGACAUUCCUUUACUAAUGUGAAGUUUUAUUUAUGAAGAAUUUGGAGGGAGAAGGUGCCAGGCCUCGGGAGAAGGUGGUGUUCUUCCCUCCACUUCCCUCAUUUCAGCAAGACACGACCUGCCUCGGCCACUCUUCCACCCACAGCCACAACCCUGCCCCGUCACCCCCGUGCCCGUCCCAGCCCUGCUCCAGAACCCUGCCCGACCUGCACGCCUACUUCUGCAGGGCCUAAGCAGACCAGCAUUCGCCCCUGUGAAGGGACGGCGUGGCCCUCGUGAGCCGCCCCACUCAGGUUCAGGGGUCCCUGGGGGUGGCUGCAGAAGGAUGCCACCUCGUAUCAGGAUCGAAUCACCUGGGAAAAGAUUGAGGGGUCGACUCUAUUUUCUCAAUAAAAGGGGACUGGUUUUC